UUCAAAAGGUGGUGGUGGGGGAGGAAAGCGUAAACGUAGAAGCAUUCAAAUGUCUAGUGGAGUGCCUUUCCCGAGAUUGAAUUUUCCAAUUUCGUCAGCUAAUGCUGUGGAAGGUUUAAAAAUAACUUGUCUAUUCUUCUUAAAAAAUUUAUUAGAUAAAUCGUGCAACUGUUCAGUUAAUGAGAAAUUAAAUUGUGACGAUCAUGAGGUUAAUCAACCCUCUAAAAUAUUGAAUUUAAGAAGUCGAAGAAGCCAAGAUCGGAAUUAAUAAAAACAAAAAAUUUUUUAAUUAGAUUAUUAAAAUUACAAUAACAUAGUGAUUGUAUUGUUUUCACACUUAUUCUUCACACUAAUAAAUUUUUUGUUCGAUUCUUUGGAAAUGUAUUUUGACAAUAGUUUUUGCUGUAUCGGUGUUUUGUUUGGUCAGUGGUUUGGUCAGAUUUGGUAAUCG